AUGGAAAUAAAAACUACUUCAAUUAUUAAUAAUGAAAUAAAUGAUGAAUAUUUUAUUCCACUCGAACCUGAUCAUGCUUUAGCAUUGACUAUGAAUUUUCCUCAAUUUUCAGAAUCUAAUCAAUCAAAAACUUCAUUUAUUCAAACAGAUUUUGAUUAUGAUUGUCCAGAUUGUGUAGCUGAUCUAUUUGGACCUCUUAUGGCUCCUUAUGCAGCAUUGCAACAACAGAGUGAUGAUUAUCGUCUUCGUCUUGAAUAUAUAGCCUAUCAACGUUAUGUGUCAAUGAAAUUAUAUUUACUUGAUUCAUUUAAAAAAGAUUUUAAACAAAAAUGGAAACGUACAUUCAAAAUUAUUGGUAUUAGUCUUCUAGUUUUUGCAAUAUAUUUAAUAUUUGUUAAUGAUCAACAACAACAACAACAACCUAUGGCAAUAUUUAUUCGUACAUUUAGUAAAUUUUAUAGAACAUUUUUCUUUCAAGGGGUUAUUGGUUAUUUAAUAUUCUAUAGUAUUCUAUUAAUUGUUUCAACAUUAUGUUCAUUAUUAGGUGCAUUAGUUUGUUCAUUUCUAUUGACUUUAUUUGGUAUAUUGAGUAUUCUUAUGACUUUUGCAUUAACUAUUAUUUUUCCAAUUAUUUUAAAUUUUUCGAAAAAUUUAUUGAUAAAUAAAUUAGAAACAUAUAUGCAAAUAUCUAUUCGAGAUUAUGAUAAUAUACCUGAAAAUCCAAUCACAAUAUUCUGGAAUCAAUUACAAACAAAAUAUUCAUGUUGUGGAUUAGAUAAUCCAAUUUUAGAUUAUAGUGAAAGUUAUUUUCAUAAAUUAACUGGAGAAGAUAUACCUCAAUCAUGUUGUAGAAAUGGAAUUCUUUGUACAACAGGUCCAAACGCAACAAAUUCAUUUAUAGAUGUAUGAAACUUUAGUUUGUUUGCUUAUUUUUACAACUUCUUGUUGUUGUUUAGAAGAAUUUCUAAUGAGAAAACAAUCCAUGACAAUAAAAUAACCUUCGAAGAAUAAGAAAAACUGUAACGAAUUUUUAUUGAUUAUUCUCUAUCUGAUCAAGAUCUAUUAAUGAUAUUGGUACAAAUAACGAAGUAAAUGGAUAUAUUAGCAACAAGGUAAUCUAUCACGUUGUAUCUAAUUUAUGCUAGGUAUUUUAUUAUAAGUCGGGUGUUUAUGCUUUCGAAUUAUUCUCUUUUUUUUCUAUUUUUCUUAAAAAACGGUUCAUUUAUGAAUCUAUACUCACUCAAUAGAAACAAGUAUAAUAAACUAUAAGUCUUAAAUAUAAUAUCGCCUCUUACUCUUUCUGAAUAAGAGUUUUAUAAAAAGCUAUUUUUUUUUCUUUCAUUAUUACUUUGAAAAAGAGAAAUGAUUGCUGCUAGUCAUAUAAUUUACCACUUACGAAACAUCUCAAUACAAAAUUUUAAGAUCUGGCGAAUUUUAUUGUAGUAUAAACUGUAAAUGUCUUUAAAUGCUGAAUGUUUGACCAUUUUUUUCAAUCAUUUUAGCGAUUUUGCGCGGUUAUAUUGGCGAUUUUCAGUAAACAUCAACGAAUGAAACCAAUUGUUCUUUUUGAAGGUAAAGGUAACGUUGGAGUUGAUGAGCGUCAACAAUACUGAAUAGAUGUACAUGUUAUUUUUACACCAAAAAGCUGUAAUUAAUAGACAAUCAAUGGACAUAUACAUUAAAAUUUGGUUAGAAAAGGUACUCGAACAUUGCUUGAGUAUACAAAGAGAACAUCAUCUGUAAAAAUAAUGUGAUGAUAGUUUUGUGUGGA